AUGGAACGAGGGGGAACAUCCGACCACGCCGGUGACGUUGAUGCCGACGACGACGCAACAGCGAACCCGAUGUGGUUAUCUGCACCGGUUGCAGUGGAGGCGAUACCCAUUUAUUGCGGAGAUGAAAUGGAAGGAGGCAAUUCCCACCGAGGCAACAUGGAUUCCGGCAAGAGCAUGGAUAACAUUUCUUCUUCCUCACUCGAAAUCACACAUUUCCUUGGCACAACAAUAUUGGACGCAAAUUUCUUGGCGAGGAAUUUGCAGUUCAGUUUGCCUUUGAAAUUCUCUAGUUCUGCUGAUAAUUGUUGUAUUUUAGAAAUCUCUUCAUCCGAACACGAUAAUCCGACCGACAUGAGUUUACGAGAAGGAAUUGAUAUUAUUGUGCCUAGUGUUGGAAUGAAGUUCCAAGAUGAGAAUGAGGUGUUCGAAUUUUACAAGAACUACGCAUACCAAGUUGGAUUUCCGGUGAGAAAAAGAAAUUCAAGGAAGGGUGAGGAUGGGGUUCUACGUUAUGUAUCUUUCACAUGUAGUCGGGAGGGCCAUCGUAGUAGUGGUUCAAAUUCAGUCCUGAAGCCUCAACCAACAAUGCAAACAGGCUGUAAAGCAAGAGUGACAGCAUGUUCAGAACUUAGUGGCGCAUGGCCUGGAAUACCAUUACACAAGAGUUUUAACUCGGCCGUAGUUGAGGCCGGUGGUUAUGAAAAUAUUACGUGCGUUGAGAAAGAUUGUAGAAAUUUCAUUGACAAAGUCCGACAGUUAAGGCUGGGUGAAGGAGACGCUCUUGCAAUACAAGCGUAUUUUACAAAGAUGCAAGCAACAAGUCCUGGUUUCUUCUUCAGCAUAGACUUGGAUGAUGAGGCCCGAUUGCGAAACGCCUUCUGGGCUGAUAACAGGUGUAGGCAAGCAUGUAAGGAGUUUGGUGAUAUAGUUACAUUUGACACCACGUACUUGACUAACAAGUACGAGAUGCCUUUCGCUCCUUUUGUUGGGGUAAACCAUCAUGGACAAUCAACUUUACUUGGAUGUGGUUUACUCUCAAAUGAAGACACGAGGACUUUUGUAUGGCUAUUCAGAACGUGGCUUGAAUGUAUGCAUUCUCAAGCUCCAUGUGGAAUAAUUACAGAUCAAGACCGUGCUAUGCAAAAUGCAAUUGAAUUCGUGUUCCCUAACACAAAGCAUAGAUGGUGCCUGUGGCAUAUUCUGAAAAAGUUACCAGAAAAAUUUGGGGGUCAUAGACAUAAGGCUUCCAUUUUUGCUACUAUACAUGAGUUGGUAUAUGAUGUGCAAACUUGCGAGGAUUUUGAACUAGGAUGGAAUAAGAUGCUUGAUGAUUACGAAUUGGUAGAACAUGCUUGGUUGACCGGCUUGUACAAUGAAAGAAGUCGAUGGGUCCCAUGCUUUUUUAAAACCUCAUUUUGGGCCGGUAUGUCAACCACGCAAUGGAGUGAAGGUAUUAAUGCAUUUUUUGAUGGCUACGUACACUCGAAAACAUCGCUAAAGCAAUUUGUAGAGCAGUAUGAGCGCACACUACGAAGUAAAGUUGAGAAGGAGUUUCAAGCUGACUUUAAAUCAUUUUCACAAAUGGUACCCUAUGCAACACGGUAUGAAAUGGAGAGGCAAUUACAAUCAGUUUAUACAAUCGUGAAGUUCAAGGAAUUUCAAGAACAACUCACUGAGAAGAUGUACUGUGAAGUCUUAGGAUGUCAUGAGACGUACUUGCACACUACGUACGAUGUACGUGAGGACAUUAUUCUGAACAAUUGUAUGAAAACGAAAAUCUUUAAAGUGUGCGUUAGUAGAGAUGAAUGUGAGUUUGAGUGUAGUUGUCAUCUAUUCGAGUUCAGAGGAAUUGUUUGCAAGCACGUGGUAACGGUUUUGAUUCGAAACCAAGUGAACUUAGUUCCCGAAAAGUACAUUUUGAAAAGAUGGAGAAGGGAUGUGAAUAGAUUGUAUAUGAGGGUCCCCAUUACUUAUGAUGGUUGGAUUAGUACUCCAGACCAUGUUCGGUAUGAGAAAAUGUGCAUUGCGUUUGCGAAGUUAGCGGAUUUGGUAGCGCACAACGACUCACGGUCACGUGGUAUCAUGUACUGGAUUGAAAUCCAAACCAAUGGUUGUUCAAUGUUAAAGUAUACUAGCGUGGGCUCUCAACGUUUGGAUGAAGUCGGAAUGUGUGCUAGUGGAAUCAUCUUGGACCCGAAAUACACAAAAAGCAAGGGAGCUCCUAAAAAACUUCGCCGAAAGGGAUGUCUAGAAGCUGGAUCUAGAAAUUCUAAAACCUGUCGUAAGAUGGCAUCAAACUCGGGUACAUUCAACACACAAACAGACAAAGUUCCAUCCCCAUUCAAUGUUCAGCUUCAGUUUAAUCCCUACUGUCAGUUAAGGUUAAUGAAACAAAAUCUAGAGAAUUUAUAUUUUAACAAUCUUAACACGAUGAGCAAUAAUAAUCCAAGACAAGAAUCUGUCUGGAUGUAUGCAGCCGCCCUCCAAUCCAGCUUGAUUACUCGAGGUCGGCACACAGGAGAGCAUUGGAAAUCUCAAUGUAGGGGUCUAAAAAUCCAAACUAGUCACCAGCUUGAGGAGAAGAGGAAGGAGCAGGCUGUGAAAAAACAAAACUUGGUGGCCAACCCGAUUUUGUCUCCUUUCAAAUUUUGUCUCCGUUUUCUGAUUGUGGACUCCCUCACCCGAACUGCAUUUGUUAAGACCCUCAGACCACCUGAACCUACUGCUGCUAUUUCGGUUAAUAAUGAUGUGCAGGUUGAUGGCUUACCUGUUGGUCAGUAUGGUAACCUGGGAAUCCUGUUGGUUAUUGAAGGCAAGUUGCUGAGUGCUUGGUUCAUGGACUGGUCCAACUUUGUGCUACGAAAAAACUAA